AUGCUCAAAGAUGGCCCCCUCAAUACCCUCCUCAUCCGACUCGGCAUCCUCGUCCUCCGCCUCAUCGCCCCAUCUAGCAUCAUCUACACACUCUUUCGCCUCUCGCACCUCCUCAACUUCGCUUCUUACGAUACUUACAAGAACAACAACACCUUCGGGCCCCCAUAUGUAUUACUGCCCGACAUCUACCUCGCCCUUGAAGCAGCCUUCUACCUCCUCUUCGCCCUACCGCGGAGCUACAUCCUCAACCGCGCCGCGCCAGCGCCUUCGCCGCUGAAGACAGCGCAGGAGCGUAGGGAGGUGCUGGAACGAACGUGGGAUGCGACGCCGGAGCCAAGGCGGUAUCUGGAGGGGUAUUUCUGCGGUCUGUCAGUGAAGGUGUUGCGAAGUGAGGAUGUGAGGGACUGGUUGCGGUGGCGGCUUUGGGGUGUCUUUUCGAAGAGGAAAGAGGCUGGUCAUGGCGACGAUGGCGGUGAUGAUGGUGGGGGUGAUGUCGUCGUUGACGAGGAUGAGGUCAACGACUAUCUGAGUUACACGGAGGAGGUCCUGGGCCAUCGGUUUCGAGAAGGAAGAUCGGGUCGUUCGUUCAUGGCGGUGACGCAUGAGCCGGUGGUAUUCGUGCAUCGGCCGCUGCUGUGGUAUGUUCUCUUUAUCGGCUCUGCGGAUACUCUUGCAUGUGUGAUGCUGUGGAUGUACGGGUUUCGCUUCUACCGGCCUUCGAGGUGGACCUUCUUCAAGAGCUUUCCACUGCGGCCAGUCGUGCUACUAUCGAGCAACAGCGCGCCGUCGGAGACAUUCACAUACUGGAUGCUGCCACACACAUCGAAGGAUCCGAAGCACCAACCGGUCAUGUUCGUGCAUGGUGUUGGGGUGGGUUUGCACUUCUACUUGCCUUUUCUCCGGGCGCUGCUGCCGCACUGUCGCGCUCAUGGCAUAGGCAUCAUCUGUCUUGAGGUCAAUCAGGUUUGCAGCCGCAUCACCAAUGCCUUGCCUGCACCUUUGCAAAUUGUGGCCGAAAUCAAUCAGAUCCUCGAAUAUCACGGAUGGCAGCACCGGAGACCAGUCUUACUCACGCACAGUUAUGGCUCUGUCAUAGCGUCACACCUGCUUUACGAUAUCGGGAGUCGAGAAAAGUUCGGGCCACUGAUCUUUGCAGACCCAGUGUGCUUCAGCUUCCACCCGCCGGACGUAGCAUUUAAUUUUCUGCGCAGGAAGCCGAAGAGCGCCAGCGAGUGGCAGUUGUGGUAUUUCGCGAGCAUGGACCCGGAUGUGGGGAGAUGUAUGACGAGGCGUUUUCGAUGGCAGGAGAGCAGUCUGUGGAGGCAGGGUGUUGAGGGAAGAGGGAAAAAGUACAGGGAGGCCGGGCGAGUGACUGUGUUGCUGAGUGGGAAGGAUAUUAUUACUGAUGUUGAGACCACUGGGGCGUACUUGACGCGAAGCAGGGGAAAGGAUGGAGGUAGUGAUGGGAAGUGGUAUCGCCAGUCGAUGGCAGAGCGGAUGGAUGGAAAGUGGAAGGAGCGAAAGUGGACUGGGAAGGAGGGACUCGAGGUAGUAUACUUGCCUGGUCUGAAUCAUGCGGAGAUAUUUGAGGAGGAAAGGGAAAGGGCACUGCUUGUCGAGAUCGUGAAGACUUACAGCCUUCCUGCUUAA